AUGCUUGACACACGCGGCAUGGAUUUCUCUGCUGUCAACCUCCCACCUGGCACCAACAAUACACAAGUUGCCAUUCUGGAGGCAGGGAAAGGAAGGAUUGGGAUGUUUAUUAAUCAGGAUAUGACAAAUGAAGUCAGUUAUAAUCUGUUGCAAAAUGAUGGAGAUGGUGCAAUGUUUCAGUGGCUGUCAGAGGCAAUGUUCAAUUUACCCGAAAAUAAUCGCUAUUUGCUCUUGGGCAUAGCCGGGGGAUACUUACUCCUACAAGGGCUUCCAGGAGACCGGCAUUCAUCCUCUUUGGCCGAAAAGGAAGACCCGAACGUUUUUUCGCUGAAUCUGAAGACUUUACAGCUGGAGUGGUUCCUUGCAUCAAAGUACAACAACUUCGAUGCUGAUUUGUUUGCCGGUUUCCCACCAUCCUUGUCUCUGCCAACUCUUUGA